GUUUUACAAGUCUAUAAAAUAGUUGUAAAAUAAAUCAUGAUUGUAGAAUAUUUCUUAUUACUGUUUUUAUUAUAAAUAAUAUAUUCAAGAUGAAUUUACUUGUUGUAACUACUUUGAUUUGUAUUCUGGACAAUAUUGCACCUAUUUUGAUUAAAUUUGUGAAUUUUUCACAUGUAUUUGCACAAAGAAGAUUUGACAUUGAGUUGCGAAAUGAAAUGAGCAAUCUGAAAGAAGAAAUGGCAAAACUUUCCAUAAUGAACGAGUUUGCCAAGUACGCCAAGCUCCAACGCAAAUAUAAUCAACUGAAAAGUGUAUUAAAAGAAAACCUGAAUCAACGAUCGAGUUGGAAAUUAAAGCUUCAAAUGACGUUUACUUAUGGUUUUCGUAUACUGAAUGGUACAUUAAUUGUAUUACUUUUAUAUUUAUAUAAAAGAGAACCUGUGAUUAUUCUAUCGGAAGGUGCACUAUGGCCAAUACAGAAUUUUCUGAGCUCGCCAUGUCAACAUGAAGAUGCUAUUUCUCUAUUAGCUUGGAUUAUGAUUGUUCGAUUGGGAGUAUCUGCAUGUGUAAAACUCCAUGUGUGACUGAGUAAAAUAUUUCUUGUAAAUAAUUAUAUAUAUCUAUUUGAAAAUAUUUA